UAAAGAAAAAAAAAAUAAAACAGUUGCCAAUAUUCAAAUAUUUCUAUCGUUUCUAAAAGUAAAGUUUUUAAACUAAUUAGUUUAUUCAUCAGUUCUAAACAAAAUUCGAGUUGGGUAUAAGACAAGAUGGUAUAUUCAACAGGCAGAGGAGGAGCAGGAAACAUACAGAAUGAUCCAAGCCUUACAUCCCAUGAAAACCACAUAACACCAGUCAAAUCACCAGGUAAUCCAAUAGCACCUCAAGUAUCGAAUCAACAGCAAAAAGAGGGAGAUGAUAAGAAAUUCUACUAUUCCACCGGUAGAGGAGGGGCAGGCAACAUACAUUCCUCAUCGUCAAUACCUUCACCUAAGCUCGUACCCCAAGGGUCAAAUACUCCUCAGUUACAUACUAAGAAUGUAUCGACCGGUAGAGGAGGAUACGGUAAUAUGUUGAAGAAUGAUAAUCCGGAAUUGACCCGUAAAUUACAAGAUGUUGAUGGUCCUCCUUCGGUGGCUAAAGAAAAUGAGUUAUAUGCUGUUGCAUCCAAUAAAUCGUUCUCUAUUGGGAGAGGAGGAUUUGGAAAUGUCAUUAGUCAAACAAAAUCCAAUUCUAGUAAACAGAGUAAUAAAUCUCAAGAUCAGCCUGUUAAUUUAAUGGCAAUCAGUAGUCAUGGGGAUCAAGAUAAAUCCAAGAAGAAAGGGUUCUUGGGGAAAAUCAAAGAGUAUUUCAGUUGAGAGAUCAAUGUUCAGCAUUGCAUUUUGUUUCAAAUAGUUCAUGU